AUGGCAAAUUUCCGAGCUUCGUUCAAAAUUCUUCAUGGUGCAGCAGACACAUAUUCUUUGGAGGGAAAUGUUACUGAAGCUCAUCUUUCUAAUUUUUCCAAACUACAUCAUUACUUAUCCUUGUCACACAACUCAUUAUCUCUAAACUUUGUCUCUAGUUGGGUUCCUCCUUUUCAAAUAAGUUAUUUGGGACUUGCCUCUUGCAAGCUAGGUCCGAAUUUUCCUAGUUGGCUCCAAACUCAAAAUUCCUUAAUGUGGCUAGAUAUAUCUGAUAAUGGGCUGAAUGAUUUCAUACCAAAAUGGUUUUGGAAGAAGUUGCAAACUGUGUACGAGUUCAAUAUCUGUCACAAUAAUUUCAUUGGUUCAAUUCCUAAUUUGCAAUUGAAGCUCCCUUACAGGCCAUCAAUAAAUUUAAAUUCAAAUAGAUUUGAGGGAAAAAUUCCAUUAUUUCUGCUACAAGCUUCCGAGUUGUUACUCUCUGGAAAUAAAUUUUCAGAUUUAUUUUCAUUCUUAUGUGGAAACGUUACAGCUGCAAGCAUGGCCACUUUAGAUUUAUCAGAUAAUCAAAUAAAGGAGCAAUUUUCAGAUUGUUGGAAAUCUGUUAAUCGAUUAUUGUUUCUUGAUUUAAGCAACAAUCAAUUAUCAGGAAAGAUUCCUAACUCUAUGGGCACCCUAGUUAAAUUGGAAGCUUUGGUUUUACGAAACAAUAGUUUAAUGGGUGAAUUGCCUUCCUCUUUGAAGAAGUCUAAGAAUUUAAUUAUGUUGGAUGUUAGUGAGAAUAUAUUGUCUGGUCCAAUACCAUCCUGGGUUGGAGAAAGCAUGCAGCAAUUGAUAAUCUUAAUCAUGCGAGGGAAUCACUUCUCUGGAAAUCUUCCCCUUCAUAUAUGUUAUUUGAAGCAUAUUCAAUUGUUGGAUCUUUCCCAGAAUAAGUUUUCAGAAGGGAUUCCAACUUGCUUAAACAAUUUUACUGCAUUAUCUGAAAAAAGCAUCAACAAAACUGAAACUCAAAGUCGUGUGCAUUGGUACAAUACAACUUAUUCUGAAAUUUAUAGUUUUUACAGUGGUACUUAUUAUGCCCUUCACGUAACAUGGACGUGGAAAGGUGUGGAACGCAUCUUCAAACAUCCUGAACUGUUGCUUCAAAGCAUUGAUCUCUCAUGUAACAAAUUGACAGGUGAAAUGCCAAAAGAAAUUACUUACAUGGUCGGGUUGGUUUCUUUGAAUUUAUCCAGAAACCAUUUGAGUGGAGAAAUUCCUUCCGGGAUUGGGAAUUUAAGUUCUCUAGACUUCCUUGACUUAUCAAGAAAUCAUUUGUCUGGAAAAAUUCCCUCUACUCUUUCCAAUAUUGAUCGUCUUGCCAUGUUAGACUUAUCAAACAACCAUCUCAGUGGAAGAAUUCCAUGGGGAAGACAGUUGCAAACCUUUGAUGUCUCUAGUUUUGAAGGAAAUGUUGAUCUUUGUGGGAAACCGCUUGAAGAAAGUUGUCCUGGAGAUGAGACAGUGACAAAGUCUAAAGGAGCAGAAGUCGACGAUGAAGAGGAUAAAUCAGUUUUGUAUGGAGCAUUAUACAUGAGCUUGGGGAUAGGAUUCUUCACAGGCUUUUGGGGCCUAUUAGGUUUAUUACUACUUUGGCAACCUUGGAGAAUGGCUUAUCUGAGGUUCUUGAACAUACUUAUAGACUAUCUACUUUUAAUGGUUGCAUUGAACAGAGUAAAGUGCCAAAGCUGGCUGAAAGACUAG